CCGUUUGUAUAGUGUAAACCCCCUGGGUCUGGAUCCAUCCCAUCCCUAACGAGUGGGCAAACGAAGCAGCUCGUGCCGUGGCGACUUCUACGGUACUAAAUUAAUAAUCUUCCCGGAAUCGACGACACCCCCAAUCUGCCCUGCCCACAACUCGUUGAAUACAGCGGCGAAAAUGAUGCCGCCGGAGCUCCAACCGCGGUCCUUCCGACCCUACAUCGCAUCCUCCGUCAGCGCUCCUUCUUUCUCCUCCUCCUCUUCUUCCCUCGGCAAUGGCUCCCCUUACUCUAACCCAAACCCUAACCCUAGUCCCAACCCUAUCUUCAGCUCAUCAUCCUCACCCCCACCCUCCUCUAGAUCCCUCAAGAAUUCUCGAUUCUCCCCUUCCGCCUUCGCUUUCAAUGUUCGAAUGGCCAUCGCCCUCGUUCCCUGCGCAGUCAUCAUCCUCGACCUCGGCGGGACCUCAAUUGUUCUCGCCACCCUAACACUCGGUCUCAUGGUCUCCUACAUCCUCGAUUCCCUCAACUUCAAGCCUGGUGCCUUCUUCGCCGUCUGGCUCUCCCUCCUCUUCGCUCAGAUUGCCUUCUUCUUCUCCGCCUCCCUCCGCCUCUCUGCCGCCUCCGUCCCCCUUGCCCUCCUCUGUGCUGAGACGAAUUUCCUCAUCGGUGUUUGGGCGUCGCUUCAGUUCAAAUGGAUCCAAAUCGAGAACCCUUCCAUCGUACUCGCGCUUGAGCGUCUUCUUUUCGCGUGCGUCCCACUCGCCGCAUCCUCUCUCUUCACUUGGGCUACUGUCUCCGCCGUCGGUAUGCAUAACGCCUCUUAUUAUCUGGUCGCCUUCAACUGCAUCUUUUACUGGCUCUACUCCAUUCCUCGAGUUUCCUCCUUCAAGACCAAGCACGAGGUAAAGUACCAUGGCGGAGAGGUCCCCGACGAUAACUUAAUUCUCGGUCCGCUUGAGAGCUGCGUCCAUACUCUAAACUUGCUCUUCUUUCCUCUAGUCUUUCACGUCGCCUCUCACCACUCUGUCAUAUUUUCCUCCGCCGCUUCAGUGUCCGAUUUGUUCCUUCUCUUCUUUGUUCCCUUCCUGUUCCAACUCUACGCUUCGACGAGGGACGCGCUUUGGUGGGUCACGAAGAAUCCCCGCCAGCUGCAUAGUAUCCGUGUGGUGAAUGGCGCUAUUGCUUUGGUUGUUGUGGUUAUCUGUUUGGAGAUUAGGGUGGUUUUCCAUUCGUUCGGGCGAUACAUUCAGGUUCCGCCGCCGUUGAAUUACCUACUAGUGACUGUUACCAUGCUUGGAGGUGCAGCCGGAGCUGCAGCAUAUGCCUUGGGGAUGGUUUCCGAUGCUUUCAGUUCGCUGGCUUUUACCACCAUGGCUGUGAUUGUUAGCGCCGCCAGUGCAAUCGUUGUGGGCUUUCCUAUCUUGUUCCUUCCACUGCCUUCAGUUGCCGGCUUUUAUUUGGCUCGAUUUUUCACAAAGAAGAGCCUGUCAUCAUACUUUGCUUUUGUUGUGCUUGGGAGCUUAAUGGUCACAUGGUUUGUGAUGCGUAAUUACUGGGAUCUUAAUAUUUGGUUGGCAGGCAUGUCCCUGAAAUCCUUCUGUAAGCUCAUAAUAGCAAAUGUUGUUCUGGCCAUGGCUAUUCCUGGUUUAGCUAUUCUACCUGCAAAACUUCAUUUUUUGGGUGAGGUUGGUUUAAUCAGCCAUGCAUUGCUGCUAUGUCACAUUGAGAAUCGAUUUUUCAAUUACUCCAGCAUUUACUAUUAUGGAUUUGAGGAAGAGGUCAUGUAUCCAAGCUACAUGGUUAUUGUAACAACUUUUGUGGGUUUGGCCCUAGUGAGAAGAUUAUCUAUGGAUCAUCGUAUCGGACAAAUGGCAGUUUGGAUUUUGACUUGCCUCUAUUCUUCGAAAUUGGCAAUGCUGGUCAUUACAUCGAAGUCUGUUGUAUGGAUGUCAGCUAUUCUUUUAUUGGCCGUGUCUCCUCCAUUGCUGCUUUACAGGGAUAAAUCAAGAACAGCUGCAAAGAUGAAAGCUUGGCAAGGUUAUGCACAUGCGGGUGUGGUUGCUUUUUCGGUCUGGUUUUGCCGGGAGACAAUUUUUGAAGCCCUUCGAUGGUGGAAUGGGAGACCUCCAUCCGAGGGUCUACUUCUGGGAUUUUGUAUUCUCUCUACUGGAUUGGCUUGCGUACCAAUUGUGGCUAUCCACUUCUCUCAUGUUCUGUCUGCUAAGAGAGGCCUAGUUCUGGUGGUGGCAAUGGGCCUUCUGUUUAUCAUAAUGCAGCCACCCAUCCCAUUAUCAUGGGCUUACCGGUCUGAACUAAACAAAGAUGCUCGUCAAUCUCCUGAUGACAUGUCCAUCUAUGGCUUCAUGGCCCCAAAGCCAACAUGGCCAUCUUGGCUUCUUAUUUUGGCAAUUCUGCUUACUCUAGCAGCUGUUACGUCCAUCAUACCGAUUAAGUAUGUUGUUGAGUUGAGAUCAUUUUACUCGAUAGCUGUGGGGAUUUCUCUGGGUAUCUACAUAUCUGCUGAAUAUUUCCUUCAGACACCUCUUCUGCAUGCCCUGAUUGUUGUUACUAUGGUCUGUACUUCUGUGUUUGUGGUCUUUACCCAUUUUCCGUCAGCCUCAAGCACGAAGGUGCUACCUUGGGUAUUUGCUCAUCUUGUGGCUCUCUUUCCUGUGACAUAUCUAUUGGAGGGCCAAGUGAGAGUCAAAAACUUCCUUGGAGGGAGUAGAUUUGGAGACAUGGAGGAGGAAGAGAAGAAGCUCACGACUCUACUGGCUGUUGAGGGGGCAAGAACUUCUCUCCUUGGUCUAUAUGCAGCUAUCUUUAUGCUGAUUGCUUUGGAGAUAAAGUUUGAACUUACCUCACUUAUGAGGGAAAAGGCUUUUGAAAGGGUUGGAAUUAGACACAAUCAAUCUAGUACAAGCAGCGCUGGUAGUUUUCCUACAAGAAUGAGAUUCAUGCAGCAGCGUCGGGUCUCUACUGUGCCAGCCUUCACAAUCAAGAGGAUGUCUGCUGAGGGAGCAUGGAUGCCAGCUGUCGGCAAUGUGGCUACUGUGAUGUGCUUUGCUAUCUGCCUUAUCUUGAACAUCUACCUCACAGGUGGAUCUAAUCGUGCUAUAUUCUUCCUGGCACCUAUUUUACUGCUGCUCAACCAGGACUCUGAUUUUGUUGCUGGGUUCGGGGACAAGCAAAGGUAUUUCCCCGUUACGGUGGUCAUAUCAGCUUACUUGGUCUUGACUGCUAUAUAUAGCAUAUGGGAAGAUGUCUGGCAUGGGAAUGCAGGGUGGGGCCUCCAAAUUGGUGGGCCGGAUUGGUUCUUCGUGGUAAAGAAUUUGGCCCUCCUUAUUCUUACAUUCCCCAGCCAUAUCCUUUUCAACAGGUUUGUGUGGAGUUACAAGAAACAGCCUGAUUGGAUGCCAUUGCUCACGUUGCCCCUUAAUCUGCCAUCUGUUAUCAUUACAGAUGUGCUUAAGAUUAGGAUUUUAGGGCUUUUAGGAAUUAUUUAUUCCCUGGCACAGACUCUAAUCUCUAGACAACAAUACAUCUCCGGAUUGAAGUAUAUUUAGACAAAUUCAUACUCUGUACGAUAUGCUUUGGCAAUUUUCAACUGAGGUAUUAAAGUUCGUGUUUGUCUUGUACUUCUUUAAUUGGACAUUUGUCUGCCCAGAAUGCCUGAGAAUGAACUGUCUUUUGAGCUUUA